AAAAAAAACCAACACAUUUUGGUAGUUGAAACCAAAGUUUCCACCCAACCGGAAAAAAUUUCGUGGUUUCCUCGAAAUUUCCCAAGUUUCAACCGAAAUUUAGGUCUUCGCAAGGCUCGAAACCCAAUACCUUGAACCUUGUAUACUACAACAACAACAACCAUAACCUUCUCCCAACUAAAUGGGUCGACUAUAUGGAUCCAAUAGGGUCUAAAAUAGUAAUAGAAAUAAGAAUAAAAAGAAGUAACAAAAAGGUAGUAAAAUGAGAUAAAAUGAUGUAAAAGAAGAAAAAGCAGUAGUCAAAGCAGCAUCAUAGGAACAUUCCUUACAAGUGGUCGGCAACAUGGGUCCUUGUGCAACUGAAAAAGUGGGUUGUUUUCCAUUCGGUGUUAGUGUAGGAUCAAUCGUAUUACGCUAUGUGCAUCUUCUGUAUUCGAUGUGUUGGUAGCAAUUGAUGGUUAUUUUGAGAAAUUGGAAUAAUGUAUGCCCUUAUGUUCAGCCCAUAAAAUUCAAGUUGCUGACAAGAACUAUUGGAUGUCAUCAGGGGCAUGAGUUGACACUGCGUGUCCUCUACAGGUUAUUUAGAGAGGCAGAACAAGACCAUGACUUCUUCUCUUCAACAACUGCUACUUCAGUAUAUGAAACAUUCCUUCUGACUGUGGCUGAAACACUUCGAGACUCAUUUCCUGCCUCAGACAAAUCAUUAACCAGGUUACUCGGUGAAGUUCCUUAUCUGCCAAAGACAGCUUAUAAAUUUUUAGAGUGUUUGUGCUGUCCUGGAAGCAAUGAAAAGGUUGACAAGGAGCUGCAAAGUGGAGAUAGAGUUACUCAAGGCCUCAGUGCUGUAUGGAGCCUGAUUUUAUUGAGACCUCCAAUUCGAGAUACCUGCCUGAAGAUUGCUUUGCAGAGUGCAGUUCACCACUUGGAAGAAGUACGGAUGAAGGCAAUACGUCUGGUGGCGAACAAGCUUUAUCCUCUAUCAUGUAUUGCUCAACAAAUAGAAGAGUUUUCCAAUGAUAUGCUGCUCUCGGUAAUGAAUGGUCCUAAUGUUACGGAGGGAGUAGAUGCUGAUGGAUCAAUUACUGAAGGGCCAAAGGAUUCUGAUUUGGAGAAGCCUGCAAAUGAAGUGGCAGUAAGCAAUGCCACUAAAGAAGUUGCCUCUGAUGGUACAUGUUCUUCAGUCUCGGAGGCACAAAGAUGCAUGUCUCUGUAUUUUGCACUUUGUACAAAGAAGCACUCACUUUUUCGGCGGAUCUUUGUGAUAUAUAAAAGCUUAUCAAAGGCUGUAAAACAGGCUGUCCAUCGGCAUAUUCCAAUUUUAGUUCGCACCAUGGGCUCUUCAUCUGAGCUUCUUGGGAUCAUUUCGGAUCCACCAACUGGAUGCGAGAAUCUUCUAAUACAGGUUUUACAUACACUGACAGAUGGUGCAAUUCCUUCACCAGAACUGAUCUUGACUGUUAGAAAGUUAUAUGAGUCGAAACUAAAGGAUGCAGAGAUUCUCAUUCCGAUAUUACCAUCUUUAUCAAAAGAUGAGGUCUUGUCAAUUUUCCCUGAGCUUAUUAAUCUUCCACCAGAUAAAUUCCAGGCAGUGCUUGCUCGUAUGCUCCAGGGUUCAUCUCAUUUUGGUCCAGCCCUUACACCUGCUGAAGUGUUGAUAGCUAUCCAUGGGAUAGACCCUGAGAGAGAUGGAAUACCUUUAAAGAAGGUCACAGAUGCAUGCAAUGCUUGUUUUGAGCAACGCCAAGUAUUCACCCAACAAGUAAUAGCAAAGGUCUUGAAUCAAUUAGUUGAGCAGAUUCCUCUUCCUUUGUUAUUCAUGCGAACAGUCUUACAAGCAAUUGGUGCUUUUCCAGCCUUGGUAGACUUCAUAAUGGAGAUCCUCUCUCGUCUUGUGAACAAACAGAUAUGGAAAUACCCCAAAUUAUGGGUAGGAUUCUUGAAGUGCACUGCCCUGACAAAGCCUCAGUCUUUCAGUGUUUUGCUUCAGUUACCUGCAGCACAGCUUGAAAAUGCACUGAAUAGAACUCCUGCCCUGAAGGCACCCCUAAUUACUCAUGCUAAUCAACCAAACAUCCGAACCUCACUACCCAGGUCCAUAUUGGUGGUCCUAGGAAUAGCCCAAGAUUCUCAGAGUUCUAGCCAUACACAGAUUGUUCAGCCUCAGACUACAGAUACAAGCAAUUCUGGAGCUGAAGCAGUGACAGAAAAGAAUAAAGAAUCAUCAACUGCCAGCUGAUUUUGGGCUUGACUCGUCAAAUGGGGCGAUGCUGCACCUGCGAAGGCUUUGCAGUAUGACUGCAGGGAUCGGAGAAGGCAAAAUUGUGAAGGAUUUGCAGUUAUGAUGACUUUGGGUAUCAGAGAAGUGAACUGAACACAUGAUGGGUUUGCAAUAUUUAAGGAGCCAGGAUUCAGUUACCAUAAUUUUCCAUCUAUCAACAAAAUCACAGCAGAAUGGAGACAGCCAUUUGAUGCUGGCGGUAACAGGAUUAAUUCACAUGCAAAUCUCUUACCCCUCCUGGAGGCAAUUUGGGAUGAUUCUCAAUGCACCGGAUGGAAUGUGUAAGAAAGAUGUUUGAAUCCUAAAAAUUAAAUUAGAGAUAGAUGGCAGCUUUAUGUGUUGUAAUUAGUGAUAUGGUCCACAUAUGUGCUGGACCGUAGGAUGAUAAAAAGUCUGGCCAAUCCUAUUUGUAACAGGGCAAUUUCACGUCAAAAACUUCAGAAGAAUGGCAAUGACUGUAUAUGUAGCAUUUUUGUGUCAACUGACCCUCCUUUUGCAGAGUAGUGGAAUUUAUUUUUUCCAA